ACCCGCCGCCCGCCCAGGCACUGCCCGCGGGAGCCGCCGCCGCCGCCGCCGCGCCCGCCAUGGACGUCCGCCUGUACCCCUCGGCACCCGCGGUGGGCGCGCGGCCCGGGGCCGAGCCGGCCGGCCUGGCGCACCUGGACUAUUACCAUUGCGGCAAGUUUGAUGGUGACAGUGCCUACGUGGGGAUGAGUGACGGGAACCCAGAGCUGCUAUCGACCAGCCAGACCUACAACAGCCAGAGUGAGAGCAACGAAGACUAUGAGAUCCCCCCGAUAACACCUCCCAACCUCCCUGAGCCAUCCCUCCUGCACCUGGGGGACCACGAAGCUGGCUACCACUCGCUGUGUCACAGCCUCACGCCCAACGGACUGCUCCCUGCCUACUCCUACCAGGCCAUGGACCUCCCAGCCAUCAUGGUGUCCAACAUGCUGGCCCAGGACAGCCACCUGCUGUCGGGCCAGCUGCCAACGAUCCAGGAGAUGGUCCACUCGGAAGUUGCCGCCUACGACUCGGGCCGGCCAGGGCCCCUGCUGGGCCGCCCAGCGAUGCUGGCCAGCCACAUGAGCGCCCUCAGCCAGUCCCAGCUCAUCUCUCAGAUGGGCAUCCGGAGUGGCAUCGCCCACAGCUCCCCGUCCCCCCCAGGGAGCAAGUCAGCCACGCCUUCCCCCUCCAGUUCAACUCAGGAGGAGGAAUCAGAAGCGCAUCUCAAGAUGUCAGGAGAGAAGAGACCUUCAACUGACCCAGGAAAAAAGACCAAGAACCCAAAGAAGAAGAAGAAGAAGGACCCCAACGAGCCGCAGAAGCCUGUGUCAGCCUAUGCACUCUUCUUCAGAGACACUCAGGCUGCCAUCAAGGGACAGAACCCCAGUGCCACCUUCGGGGAUGUGUCCAAAAUCGUGGCCUCCAUGUGGGACAGCUUGGGAGAGGAGCAGAAGCAGGCCUACAAGAGAAAGACCGAAGCGGCAAAGAAGGAGUAUCUGAAGGCUCUGGCGGCCUACAGGGCUAGCCUCGUCUCCAAGAGCUCUCCAGAGCAGGGUGAGACCAAGGGCACUCAGGCGAACCCGCCGGCCAAAAUGCUGCCACCCAAGCAGCCCAUGUAUGCCAUGCCGGGCCUGGCCUCCUUCCUGACGCCGUCGGACCUGCAGGCCUUCCGCAGCGGGGCCUCUCCGGCCAGCCUGGCCCGGACGCUGGGCUCCAAGUCCCUGCUGCCGGGCCUCAGCGCGUCCUCGCCGCCGCCACCCUCCUUCCCGCUCAGCCCCCCACUGCACCAGCAGCUGCCCCUGCCACCCCACGCCCAGGGCGCCCUCCUCAGUCCACCUGUCAGCAUGUCUCCAGGCCCCCAGGCUCCGGUCCUGCCCACUCCCAUGGCACUGCAGGUGCAACUGGCUAUGAGCCCCUCACCUCCAGGGCCUCAGGACUUCCCUCACAUCUCCGAGUUCCCCAGUGGUUCAGGCCCCCGCUCACCUGGCCCGUCCAACCCCCCGAGCAGCAGCGGGGACUGGGACAGCAGUUACCCCAGCGCGGAGUGUGGCGUCAGCACGUGCAGCCUGCUCCCCAGGGAUAAGUCGCUCUACCUCACCUAAUCCCGCCUCCCCUGUCCUCCCUGAGGCUUGCUGGAGGGGCACUGCUCAGAGCCUGAAGGGCCCACAGCAGGAGGGAAGCCCGGGCAGGAAGCAGGAUGACCGGGAAGAAAGCAGUGACACCAGGACGACGCCCCAGGGCCGAGUCUCCUCCUCGACCUCCCAGCAGACCCUGCACAGGCGGCCCGCCCGCCCGCCCGCGGGAACCUCCUGCCCCCCCCCCACCUGCCUGCUCCAGGGCUACUGCGGACCCCGCCCCUCGCCCUGCACUCCGUGCUCCGUGUCUGGACGUCCGGCCCCAGCCCACGCUCCCGGGGCUCCCCCGCCCAGAGGGGCCGCCUUCUGACCGAAACGCACCCCAGAGGCAUGGGCCCGGCCACCUGGCCGAGGACAUGCGAAUGCGGCUUCACCGAGUGAACACAGAUCACCAAACCUCUAAACUGUUGGCUCCAUGUAAGUAGUUGCCUAAGUGUUUUAG